AUGAUACAGUUCUUAGUUGCGAAAAAUUUAGCCCGGGCAUACUGGUUUGUGCGACCGUCAUUUGGAAUUAGGGGAGAAGCUGGCAUGAUAUCAUCGAUCGGCAUCGUCCACUUGUCGAAGAACAGAUUAUACUCGAAUCAAGUGGACAACAAUAGAGCGAUACCAAACUGCCCUCGUGAACUGCAAAGUGACCUCCGACAUCAGGGGAAAGAUUUCGAACUCAUUUGCUAUACAUCGCAGCGAAUAUUUGGUUUGCUUAUGGAUCUUACUAACGAUUUUUCAAAACUUUCGUACAGGAAAAGUUCAUUCCAUAGAGUCUUUAGAAUUAUUUGGAUUGAAAGCGGAUUUCCCAACUUUCCUCCAAAACCGCGGACAGAAAAAGAACUUCGGGAGUUCGUUCAUAAACUUACAACAUUCAAAUAUCUAAACAAUUCUCACAAAGCUGCGACUAUUUUACGAAAACUUUUUGCAAACGACAAACUUGGUUUCAUGCACUCACUAAAGUAUUGCAAUAAGCUUAUCGACUUUUUCUUGGACAAGAAUGAUGAGAUCAUGAUUAAAAGAAUAUUUCGCCGCAUGGAAAAGGAUAACAAAAAGCCCAAUGCAAUGACAUUCAAUCUUUUGGGAAAACAUUAUCUGAAAGACACAAGCAUUGUACGUGAGCGACUAGCGAUUUGGGAAGCUAUCUUGAUGCGAAUGAAGUCACUGGACGUCAAGGCUGAUCUGUGCACAUACUACAUAUCGUUGAGCCUCAUGCCUACGGAAGUGCCUGCCAAGCAAGAGCUGAAACAACUAAUUCUUUCUCAUGGACUGCACCGAGCUGCAAGUCAAUUUCAAGACAUACAUAUUGUUGACAUGCUGAACAGGGGUCGCUCUCUAUCUGAGAUAUUAAAUUAUUAUCAUAGCACUGACGGGAGACUUGAUGUCAAUUGCAUGAAUAGCAUCAUUUAUAAAUUUCUUCAAACUGAAAAUGACUUCGAAGGUGCAUGGAACUUUAUGAUUCAAGAACACAAACUUCGAGGGAUCAAUCCAAAAAGCUCCACCAUGACUAUAUUCAUGAAACAUGCUCGCGAGUGCAAAAGAUUGAGAACUAUGAUCCAGAUUCUUAAUUCAUUUGCAGAGAUUUACAAACUCAAAAGUUCACCUGCCUUGAGAAUAAUGAUGCAGUCCCUUUUGACCGACAAUACUUUGGAGAAAGAUUGGACGCCGCACAUUUUGACCUUUGUCUACAUUCGUCACUUUCAAUCUUCAAUCAAUAAUCAUCAACGAAAAGAUAUCUUAUUGAAGCAACUAGCUCAUAAAUUCAACUUUGAAUUUGAAGAAUCUCUCUCUUAUGAGAAUUUGAACAACGUUGACAAGCGAAUAUUUGAUGUAUUGAACAGCAUGGUAAUACGCGAUCCAGUAACUGACUUUAAUGAGGUUGAUGAAAACGAAUGGAUGGAAAAUAUCAUAAAGGAUUGCAGAACUGCUGCUUACUAG